UUCAAUGGUACAGAUUCAUACUACAGGAAGAAAACAGAAGUGUUUAUCACAUGACCCCGCGGAGCACCGCCUCGAUCGCGGAUUACCACUGAUUCAAUACACCUGUCUCUUCUCUACCUUGGUCUUGCUUAUCGAGUCAUGACUACUAUCUUUCUAUUCUGCACCGAAGAUGUACCAGAAACAACAAUCAACCAACUCAUGACCGAAUUCUCCCGAGACAGCGGAUUCGGGAACGUCUUUAGCCUAGUUCGCACACUGGAUCAAGACCAUUUUGAUAAUUGGGGCACUGAGCCGCCAGUUCAACCCUUCACCACCGGAUUCAAAGAUGCCACCGAUACCGAACUCCGUCUCUACACCCACCACAAGGUGAAAGACCUCAAGCGCACAGAAAACAGAGGCGGUAUUACACAAUAUUGGAUUGCUAAGCUCGAUGAGCGGUCAUCCCAUGACUCGACCGUGAUAAUGCAGUACUGCAUGGAGAGAGAAAUCUGGGCACAGAUGCUCGAAGACGCUGAGCAGGAAUUCUGCAUACCGGGCCAGACUGAUGUUACAGAUGAUGAGAUCUGGUGGAAGUGGCGCGUGCAGUUUAAGGACUCGUUUCAGUUGUUUAAUAGUGUUGAUGAGGGAGAUCUUGAUAUGAUGACUUUGUAUACGCGGCCGGAGUAUCUGGAUUCGGAUGGGGUCUUUCAUGUGGAUAUUCCGAGGAAGAUUAUUAAGGGGGAGAUUACGGACCCUGUUAUACACGGUGUAAGUUAGCUUCACGGUGCUGAUAUAAUUGUAUUUUGUAUACAAAGUUUCGCUUGGACCAUCAUCGGUCAUCGCGAUGACACGGGGUUUGCGGAAUUAAAGGAUACCCACACGAUAAGGAAUCAGGAGGGUAACAAGAGGCAGACGGAUGUACUUACAAUUGAGGGAAACAGACUAUAUAAUGGCCAUGCUGCUACCUUGAGGACCAUAGUCCAUCAGGUCAAGUUUGAAACUAUCCGUCG